UAUUUAUACACUUCGCUGUUCUUCCUUCCUCAUCUGAUUCUGCCCGAUAUCUCGCGUUCUGGUGCCGCGAUACAAGCUGAAGGUGCUCUCGGUCUGCUCAGACAGAGCUAUCGUUCGUCAAAUCUCCCUCCGCUCAGCGCCUUCUUUGACUUUGGGCUCCGUUCACCCGACCGCGCCUGCUUCGUGUUGUUGUCUGCCAGCACCGCAACAAGGGCCAGACUCAACCGCGCCAACUGCCGGAUCUGAAGCAGACCGCACAAAUGCCGGCUAACAGCUCUGCAAAGAAGCCGACGGCGCAUUCGUCGGGGUCGCAUGGGCGUGGCCACUCGUUCCCGGCUUCAAUCACCCAGGCGAUUACGCGUCAGUUGCAUUCAAGCUCAAAGAAGGAUAGCAACAUCGCCAGUGGCGGCUCCACCAGCGGCAGCGGCAGCAAUAACGCCGCCAACAACAUCAACGGAGCUGCUGGAGAGUCCUACGACGGUCAUGGCGGGUUUCAGAGACCCGAGUCUAUAAUAAAAUCAGAAAAGAGAGCUAUCAACGACGUGCGACAAGGCGGUCGCGAGCCCGUUGCUUUGACUACGGGACACUGCAUGUGCUGUCUCUCUUCGCUUCGUUAUCCAGUUUCCGUCCCUUGUUUCCGAUGCACAGUCUGCCAGACAACAAACGACGUUAGCCCGCUUCCACUCAAACCACAUUUCGUUAUCGACUCUGACUUCUUGCAAACUCUCCGCGACACCGAUCUUGAGGAUGAAGAAAACUUUCGACAAUUCCAAGAACGGCUAGCUUCUGCCUUUCAAUCUGCGCAAGCGCUCAACAAGAGUUUCUCGAGCGGAAAGCAGUUCUCAUACUCGGAAACAGGACUCGACUAUUCUCAGAUCGCGCUCUUUUACAGGAUAGUUCUUGCUUCGCCUUCCCCGGAGCCAAUGAGACUGGUUCUGAAAUACUCGGAGAAUCUUCUCAAACGUCCAGGUCGCAUCCUCACGUCUGCUAGUGACUUGCGGUUUUUGCUAAUCAUACUUGAGAAUCCCGUGCUAUACUCGCAUCGAAGCCCGAUCAGCGCCUCUGCGCAUCAUUCAGCGAUUCUGAAGCGAAUCUGUGGUCUGUUUGGCAGUCUCAACGCGACCUGUCAUCACUAUCUCGUCAACUGGUUUGCGCGGUUAACUGUGACUAGUUUCCGGGCUAAAGUGGAGCUUAUCAACUCGUUUACUUCUCAUCGGUUGUCGAAAUACUGUUCUUCGAAAAACGGAGGGGCGAAGAUUGAGAGAUAUGGAUCUGACUGGAAGAUCAGGGCUGCAGCACGAAUACUGUCCUUAUUCUUUGCGGCAAACAUACAAGUGUCAAAAAUUCCUACAUCCAGCUUCUAUAAUACGAUGGUGGAUUACAUAGAUAUCACUCACGAUUUCGACAAAUGGGAGAAGCAGGGAAUUUUACCACUCUCAGCUCCUCCAGGGAAGCUGGCCCCUCCUACAGGUUUAGGCACCUCAAGCUCCCCUGUGAACUCACCGAUAGCGAUGGCGUUGGCGGGGAACCCUGUAAAGCGUCAGGGAUCAGUGAGGACUGCAGGUGACUCGCCAGUGGGAGGGCAGGCAGGCGCAGUGAUUCCUCCGAUUUUCACCUUUUGCCAGUAUCCGUUUUAUCUGUCGAUGGGAUCAAAGAUUACGAUUUUGGAGUACGACGCCCGUCGCCAGAUGGAGAUCAAGGCGCGCGAGGCAUUUUUUUCUACGCUGAACUAUAAGCGGGUUGUGCAGCCUCAUUUGGUUCUGAAGGUGCGUCGAGAGUGUAUAAUCGACGAUUCAUUGCGGCAGAUCUCGAACAACGAGAUGGAGCUGAAGAAAGGUCUCAAGAUUGAGUUUGUUGGUGAAGACGGAGUUGAUGCCGGCGGAUUGAGAAAGGAGUGGUUUUUGCUUCUUGUGCGCGAGAUGUUUGAUCCUAUGAACGGAAUGUUCAUUUACGACGAGGAGUCAAACUAUUGCUGGUUCAAUCACUCUACGUUUGAGACUGCAGAUCAGUAUUUUUUGGUUGGAGUCGUGCUCGGGCUUGCGAUGUACAACUCUACGAUUCUCGACAUCCAGCUGCCGCCAGCGCUAUUCAAGAAGCUGCUGGGCUGCCAAUGUACGAUGGCAGAUCUGAUGAUUUUGAAGCCUACUUUGGCCAAGGGCUUGCAGCAGUUGCUGGAGUUUGAGGGUAAUGUGGAAGAGGUGUUUUGUCGCGAUUUCGUUGCCGACCAUGAGGUGUACGGACAGAUUGUGCAGGUGCCGCUGGUUUCCGGAGGCGAGAGGAAGCCGGUGACGAACGCGAACCGACAGGAUUUUGUGAAUAGGUAUAUCCAGUUCAUAUUUGAUACGUCAAUCGACCGGCAGUUUCAGCCGUUCAAGCGUGGAUUCUACCAUGUUAUCGGUGGGAACGCGUUGACCUUGUUCCGGCCGGAAGAGAUUGAACUUCUUGUUCGCGGCUCUGACGAAGGCAUGGACGUCGAUGCCUUGCGAGCGAUUGCGAUAUACGAUGGCUGGAGUCCGAACAGCAAUCAAAAGAUGUCGAACAGCGAAGUCGAGGCCAACGAGCCGGUAGUCGGCUGGUUUUGGGAUUUUUUUGCAACCAUGAAUUUGCCGGAGCAGCGCAAGUUGCUCACGUUCGUGACGGGCUCUGAUCGGAUUCCGGCGACAGGAAUCGCGAAUCUGAUUUUCAAGAUUUCAAAGCUGGGAGAGGAUUCAGAUCGGUUCCCUAUUUCGCAUACGUGUUUCAAUCAGCUGUGUCUUUAUAGGUACUCUAGCCGGGAGAAACUGGAAGAGAAGCUACGACGGGCGAUUGUAGAGAGCGAGGGUUUUGGUCUUCGUUGAGUUUUGUUUUGUUUUUGUUUUUGUUUUUUUCUUCUUUUUUAUUUUACGAAUGUUCGGUACGGAUUUUGGCUAUGUUGAAUCUGCAUGGGGAGGG